AGUCACUUCGAGAUUGUUAUCUCCACCUUCAUAAGCUUUUAUGGAUUUACUUGUUUGUUUUUGUAAUAACUUAGGGGGAGAUGUAGUGUCCCGUAUGUUCAUUGUGAUUGUUUUAUUAUUAUAGGAUAUGAUAUAGCAAGCAUGUGGUCUUGAAGAUGCCAAACGAAUAAAACAUGUUGUUGUUAUGAACCAAGUUGUUUAGUGUAUUAGGACGAAGACACCACACCUACGAUCGACAAUCCCUGCAUAGAAAGUGAUGCCAGCAACAAUGAACGGAAUUCUUUAAUAUUCUUCACCUUUCUGUUCAUGGUUCGAACAGUUUCGUUGGUAAACCAUCGCCAAACUUAAUUUCUCACCCAGUUAAAAAUUCAAGCACCUUAAAAAUUUCCGGCUCUUUCCUGCUUUCCCCGCCGAAUAUAUCAACUGGGGUUUCUAAAAAAGACCGUUUUGUUGCAACAACGACAUGUGUUGAGCCGUGAGUUAACAAUAUGGCUCAAAUCCUCCAUGUCCUCCAUUUUAAACACCGCUCAACAUUAACACCGCUGGUCACAGCUGUUUCAUAUUUUCGCGCCAGCAGUCGGCUCGAGCAUUCUGACUUCCGUUCACGAUUUCUUUGUUUUCAAACAGCCAAUCAAAAAAAUUCGAAUUUAAUUCGAAAAUCCAAUGCCCCCAGAGCCCUUCGAUUCUCGUGCCAAGGCCCCGCCGGCUAAGAGGAGCGAAAAGGGCUAUGGGGACGAGAAUGAUUUUAGUAUGGCGGCCACUGUGCGAUUUGCUGUUGAAGUCGUUGUAGCUGGUUUUCAAGGAAUCUAUGGUAGAGACAGCUAUCUUGAAAGCACAGUUGACAAGAUGCCUUAAAAGGAAUCAACUCCAACAUCCGCAAAGAGUGGUAUAAGUUUAAGCCAAUCAAAACCUACUUUGAUAAAUAUGACAACAACUGAGACACAACGGAAGGAAUACGAACGCAAGAAUUGCGGCCAGCUGUUUAACCAAUUGUCAGCUUACAAGGAACAUGAGCGAACUCACACAGGAGAGAAGCCGUAUACAUGCAAGUAUUGUAAAAAGUGCUUUAGCCGAUUACAAAUUUGCAAGCUACAUGAACGAAUUCACACAGGAGAGAAGCCGUAUACAUGCAAGCAUUGUAAAAAGUGCUUUAGCCGUUUAGAAAUUUGCAAGCUACACGAACGAACUCACACAGGAGAGAAGCCUUAUACGUGCAAAUAUUGUGAAAAGUGCUUUAACCAAUCAUCAAAUUGCAAGAAACAUGAACGAACUCACACAGGAGAGAAGUCGUAUACUUGCAAGUAUUGUAAAAAGUGCUUUAGCCAAUCAUCAGAUUGCAAGAAACAUGAACGAACUCACACAGGAGAGAAGCCGUAUAUAUGCAAGCAUUGUAAAAAGUGCUUUAACCAGUCAGCAACUUGCAAGCGACACGAACGAACUCACACAGGAGAGAAGCCGUAUACAUGCAAGUAUUGUAAAAAGUGCUUUAACCAGUCAUCAGAUUGCAAGCAACAUGAACGAAUUCACACAGGAGUGAAGCCGUAUACGUGCAAGCAUUGUAAAAAGAGCUUUAUUCAGUCAUCCACUUGCAAGCAACAUGAAAGAAUUCAUACAGGAGAGAAGCCGUAUACAUGCAAAUAUUGUAAAAAGUGCUUUAGCCAAUUAGGAAAUUGCAAGGAACAUGAACGAACUCACAAAGGAGUGAUUGAAGAAAAUUCAAACCAAGUUGAAAGCCUCACCUGUUGGAUUUGUCAGGAGGAACUUGGUAGCAGGGCAUGCCUCAUCCGUCAUUACGAUGAUCAUACGAGACAAAGAUGACACUUAUGCAAACCUUAUCCUUUGCUUUUUCUUCUCUUUCUUUGUAAUAACGUUGGUUGGAGGUUAACCACGACAUUUGUCUGAAGCGCAAAAUUAUGGUAGCAGUCCUACCGUUAAACAACAUUGCAACUUUCCUGUAUCUACAGCAAACGUAACUUCCAGAGAAGAAGUCUCGUAUGUUUUUUCCUUCUUGGCUGAAAACAAUCGAUUUUAAGUUAAAAGUUUCCAUUAGUAACCUCCCCUUUACAGAAUUUUUUUUGUUAUAAUAAGCGUAAUGCACAUAGGUAGAUAUAGCGGCUUUCAUUUUAAUGUCGAAAAGUAAUUGAUUUUACAUCAAGUACACAACACGAUUGGCUUGAAAAACUCGCGCCACUUUGAGUCCAAUCAGAAGUAAAACCAAAACCAAUCGUGAACACUCGCACACGUUUUCCUGCGCUUCGCGUAAGCUACAUUUAAUUACUGGGAGUCAUAGAGUUGACUCCUUCGCAUGCAUCUAAUAAUAAACGCUCAGUUUUACCUCAAUAGUCGGUCGGAGAACAGGAUGGUUCCUUUAUCUUUUAUUUCAUAUUGAAGCGAAAACUGUCAGGCAAGUUUUUCGUUUUCUGUUUUUCGACCGCAACAAAGACCAGUGCGGAAUACGUUUACUUCAGUUGAACAAUUAAGUUCACAUCAAAUGGUUUCAGCGGUGGACAAUAUGAGUUUUUAAGGGGGCGGUUGGAUAUAUUAUUUUUUAAAAAAGAAAAUUAUCCUCAAGAAUAGUUGUACCCAAAAAAUUCAUGCACAUGACCAUUGCCAAAAACUAAUUCAUGCUCGUUCAGAGCGCCGUAAAAACGUCCCGAGGAAAAAUAUUCCAAGUUAUGAAGUUGGAGUGUCCACUUGCACGAUUUCUGCUAUACCCCGGAUCACUAUCAGUCCAUAGGGAAUAUCUUCGGUCACAUAAGGAUGAGCUAAAUCUGGAACGAAAGAGUUGUCAUCGGUUUCUUGUUAUUUCUUAAUAUUGUUAUAUAUUAAAAAUGUUAUUAUGUGUGGAUGUUACAUAUUACACUUUCAUGCCAUUUUGGUUAACAACAUUUGGCCAUUAUUUGCAAGUUUUUCUAGAUUUAAUCCAUUUUAAUCCUCUCCAGUUUUACCGUCGUUGCCCCCUUUUGGUUUUUCCAUGUUUCUUUUGAGUUCUACAGUCUUGAGUUGUUAUUAUCAUACACCGUGACCAGUUGAUCAGUACUAAGCCUAACCAUUAGGUGACCUAGCUCUGUUAAUUCCUGGUACCCAUAAGAGUUUUACAUCUGGGAAACGAAAGGCUAUGAGACUGAGAGGAAACUGUGUUGGCCAAACAUAUGACACAAUGAUCUCAGCCAGGGCUGGAACCCAGGCUGCUGGAUGCAGAGUUCAGCUCACUCAUUAGACCACCACAGCUCCCAUGUUUAAAAAAGUGUUGAAAGAAAAUUAGUGCACGUAAAUUUGUUGUGAAAUAUAGCAAGAUGUGAAGAGGAAAACCAUAAAUAUUGUACAGACAAGAUAUAAAGUGGUUUAAAUAUACUGAUCCAUUAGAUAAAUAAUGUAAAUUGUUUAGAUAUUUGGUCUAUGGUUCUCAAAUUUUGUGCAGAGUAUCUAUGAAUGGGUCUUCUUAGACGUAUAAUUACCCUGCUUGAUUCAUGUAUUUCUUUAAUUCAUGGAGAACGCAGCCAUACUUUGUGAGGACUUGUUGAAAGGCACGGGUGUUUGGCUGUCCGAUCGCAAGACAAACUCAUCCGGCU